AUGUCCGACAGGCGAAAACAGGAGCUACAGGGUAUAUGGCAGGAUGGAGAUAUACUUGACGAGGCAGAAAUUAGUACAGAAGCCGGCUCAGCAAUAGUGGGAGUCCAGGCAAAACUAUCAACCAAGCUGAGCGUAGAAGCUACUGUUAGAGAGCAGAUACAGGAGGCCAUGGACCCUAAUAAUCUUGCGGUAAUCUUCAGAGGUAAGUAG